UUUUGCUGAUAAUUUGCCAUUUUUAUAACUAAAGUGCUAACUUUGACUAUCUGUUUUUCCUCAGUGACCAAUAGAUACUGAUGCCUAUAAGAAACAGAUUGUGUAUUUAUGAUUUUUUAAUGUUUUAUAUUUAUUAAUAUUGUUUUGUAUGCUUUUUGUAUUGCAUCUUUGAUGGAUAACAUGUCUUAUCCUGUGAUACUGACUCUUAUGGUGCCUAAAGAAUCUAAAUCAUAUAGGCAUUUAUAUUUCAGUUGUUUUCUUUUCCUUUAUCUGCUUAUAUUAUCAAUUAAUAUACGACUUGUUAUGGUCAUUAUCAUGGCGAAAACACUUCAUGAACCGAUGUACAUAUUUUUGAGUCAUAUGUGUAUUAAUGGGGUUUAUGGAGCCUCAGGAUUCUACCCUAAAAUUCUGUCUGAUUUAAUAUUGGAUUCAUACGUGAUCUCCUCUCACAUGUGUGCUCUGCAGUACUUUGUUAUUUACAGCUCUUUAAUGUGUGAAUUUACAAUAUUAACAGUGAUGUCUUAUGAUAGAUAUGUAGCCAUAUGCAAACCUUUAGACUAUCAUUCCAAAUUAACUAAAUUCACCUGUGUGAAAUUAAUUCUGUUUUCAUGGAUUGUUCCCAACUGCUUUAGUCUUAUAGCAGCCCUCUUAGCAAACUUAAGGCCAUUUUGUAAAUAUCACAUUGACAAAUUAUAUUGUGACAACUGGUCAGUUGUAAAACUGUCAUGUGCAUCAUCUUUUGUGAAUAAUGUCUAUGGAUAUAUUGUUGCUGUUAUAUUUUUUAUCUGUGCAGUUAUUAUUAUAGUGUCCUAUGUUAAGCUCAUCUCUGCUUGUAAAGCAUCUUUAGAUAACAGAAAGAAAUUCUGGCAAACGUGUCUGCCACACAUAUUAUCACUGAUAAAUUUCACUUUUGCUAUGCUUUUUGAUAUCAUGUAUAGCAGAUAUGGUUCAAAUGACAUUCCAGAGAGUCUGCGUCAUUUUUUGGCUUUAGAAUUAGUUAUAGUCCCACCUGUAUUUAAUCCUCUAAUCUAUGGAUUAAAUAUUAGGGCAGUGCGCAGAGUUUUUGUCUCCUGUAUUUCAGCAAAAGUGAAUGUUUUAAGAAGCUAAAAAAUGUUUAAAUCCUUGACAAUUACUUGAUGUACUUUACUGAAGUAGAAAUGGUAUAAUUCGUUUUAUAAAUGAAUUAUAACAAAAUGUAAGAAAGACAAGCAUGUACAAUAAUUUUGAGCAUUAGGAAUAGUAUCAUAAAACAUUCCAGAAAAAAGAGGCCUGCUUUUCACUGCUCCCAGAUCCACUUAUGAAUUUUUCAUUCUUUGUUAUUUUAUUUGAAGAUGUUUGUCUAAAUGAUCAAAGAAAUAUAUUAUAUUAUACUUAGAAUAUAUUAUACUUUUUUUAUUGUUUAAAUUUUUGGUCCACUUUAUAUUAGGUGGCCUUAACUACUAUGUACUUAAAUUUGAUCAUUUGAUACAAUGCACUUAUUGUAUACUGUACAUACAUGUUUUUACAUUGUACAUAUAUUUAUAAUUAGACUGUGAACCCUUAGCUCUUAAACCACCCUUAAACCUACCCAUACCACCAAAGCUGUCCCUAACCUUACCUGUAUCCCACCUCAAUAGCAACAAAAGUAUUUGUACUUAUGUUUUGGUGCAAGUCCAUAGUAGUUAAAGCCACCUAAUAUAAAGUAGGACCAAAUAUUUUACUUAAAUUAUACCUCUAUUUUACAUUGUCAUACAUGGUUGAAAUCGAAGGAGAGGAUGCAGGAUCUAAGUGCAGCAGCUCCAAAACAGACUCAAGGAACAGGCAAGGACAAAAACAAUGACGUAUAUGUGACAAUAACAGACACUGAACUGAACAAAACAAAAGUAAAAAUGUUUUAGUAUAUCGUGCGCAUCAUUUCUUUUCAAUCUACAGCAUGAAAAGAAAGUGUUGCAGCAAACAGAUAUAUUGAAUCAUUUUUCAAUCUUUUUUGUCAAUGUCACAAAGCAAAAUCCCCAGAAUUAAAUCAGCUCUGUUCAGAGUACAUUUGGUCCCUCUCUAAAGUGUUAAACUCUGCUUCAGUGUUUUUUUUAAGUUAAUGAGAUUAUUAAGCAAUUAAUUAAGUGAUGAUUGAGCAUUAGUG